CGAUGAAAUCAGGGAAACGCGAUACUUUUGAGCUGCCCUCAAAGUUACAAUCACAGCAACCAAGCAGAAGCUAAUACCACGGCAGCAAUGGCUGCUUUCCGCAGAGUGGCAGCACUGGCCGGCAAGCUCAACCUCUGGUCGGCGACAAGAAACGAGCUGGUCGGUGGGCAGACGGCCAAUGGAAGAAGGACCUGGAGGUGUCUGGUAGCCGGGGUUUGCGUUGCAACGGGUGGCGCCGUACUUUACUUCUACAACGGUUUAAUAAGCGGCGGAGGCAGGAAGAGGAUAAGGAGGCACAGCAUCAACGGCUUGCUCCCGUCCAUCCCGACUGUUGAAGCCAAAGAGAAGGCACGUCAAUUUGACUUUGAGGAUGGAGAUGUGUACAUGUCUUCUCAUGAACAUCGUUUCCGCUUGUUCAGCUCAGUGGAGUAUGAAGGACAGCUGUACAUGACCCCACAAAACUUCAUCGAGUCGGUUACCAUGAGUGAACCGAGAAGCAAGAGGCCCUGGAGGUCCCUGACAAAACAGGAGCUGGAGAAGAUCCUAUCAGACACUCCUCCCGUGUGGAGAGGAUCCUCCAAACUAUUUCGCAACCUGAGAGAACGAGGCAUCAUCUCAUACACAGAGUACCUGUUCCUGCUCUGCAUCUUGACAAAGCCUCAUGCUGGCUUUAAGAUUGCUUUCAAUAUGUUUGAUGCAGACGGCAACCAGAUGGUGGAUAAGAGGGAGUUCCUAGUGCUUCAGGAGAUCUUUAGGAAGAAAAACGAGAAGAAAGGAAGGAAAGGAGAUGCUGAGAAGUCCGCGCAGUUGAGUAUGCAGCUGUAUGGAUAUCAGGUUGCCCCCAUGAACAGCGUGCUAAAAAAAGACAGUCAGGAGUUUGUGGCGCGGAGUUACUGGGACGUUUUGAGGCGAAGCGCCAGUCAAGUCCUCUUUUCUGACCUGGCGGAGCGAGCAGAUGAUAGCAUCACAAUUGACACCACACUACUGGUCCAUUUCUUUGGGAAGAAGGGGAAGGCAGAGCUUACCUUUGAUGACUUCUACAGAUUUAUGGAUAACCUCCAGACAGAGGUGUUGGAAAUUGAGUUCCUGACUUACUCUAAAGGUAUGACGACUAUCAGUGAAGAAGACUUUGCCAAAAUCCUGCUGCGAUUCACAAACGUGGAAAACAUUAGUGCCUAUCUGGAAAAUGUCCGCCAGUGUAUACCUGAUGAAAAGCAGGAGGGAAUCACCUUUGAUGAGUUCAGAUCCUUCUUCCAGUUUCUCAACAACCUUGAAGACUUUGCCAUUGCCAUGCAGAUGUAUAACUUUGCUGCACGCUCCAUUGGACAAGAUGAGUUUGCCAGAGCGGUGUAUGUGGCCACAGGGCUCAAGCUGACACGUCACCUUGUAAACACCAUCUUCAAGAUCUUCGAUGUUGAUCACGAUGACCAGCUGUCCUACAAAGAGUUCAUUGGUAUCAUGAAGGACCGGCUGCACAGGGGAGCCAGGGGCUAUAAAGCUGUGGAGCGUGCUACCUCCUUCAGGUCCUGUCUGAAGAAGGAGCUGGCAAGCAGCAGGUGAAGGGCAGACAGCACACCUCCUUCUCCAGAUGUGUUCGCUCUGAGGCCCGGAGACAGGUGCACCUGUUGUGGAGGAGGUACAAGGAGCCAUAGAGAGUGGACGAAAUCUGAUGGAGCUUCGACGUUAAUUAAUCAGGAGGAGCCAGUAUUUGUGGAGCAGUUCUCCUGUCGACCUUCAGACUGUACAUAUGUGAUUACUGCAAGCAUGACCGC